GCCAGGCAGAUGGCAGAACCUCCCAGGCAGAAUGUGGCAGAACUCCCGCACAUGUAGAACCGUGGGAGAAUGUGCUAUAUAGUUUAGUGUGUCGGUUCAGUGUACGACAGUAUAGAUUGAGGCACUUUAAAACUGAACAUGACGUCGUCACGCUCAUAUGCACACAACUGAACUUCCAGGCAUUGAUACAGACAUUGCCAAGCAGCUCGAAACCGACUUCGCAUUUGUCCCUCCACUUUCAGCAGUCUCCGGCGACAAUCUCGAAGCAUUUUCUCGUCUUGAAGAUAUUCGUAACACGGAAAAAAUGAUGGAGUUUGCCUCAAACUGGGAUGUGGAUAGGAAGGAAGUGUUGGAAGGGAGAGUGUUUGACUUUGUGGAACUGCGGCAUGUCAACGAGGGAUUAGUGCCUACCACGAUAGAUGAUGAGAUUAUGGUCGCAGAUCAUGAUGCGAAUGAAGAUGGGACUUGGAAUAUUGAUUCUAUGUUGCUGUCAAGUGGUCUUACAUUCAUGUACUUCCCCUUCACCGUCGUCGUUCCCAACACCUUCAUUCUGUUUAUCAUUGCAUCCAUCAAAGUCGUCAUUGCCGAAUCCACGGUCCUCAUCCUCGCUGUUCACAAUGUGCAUGCCACUAACUCCGAGCUGAGACAAGAAUCUCGCGUAGCAUCGUUGAAUGUGUCUCAAAAUAAGUAUAGCGCAUAUAUCUCGAGAUUCAUGAAUCACAUGAGUUCUUCGCGGAGCGCCCUUAUGCAUGUUGGCAUUCGGUCUUCUGCAGCUCAUGGGCCGAUGCCAAAGUUUGAGUUUGGGUACAUUUUCCUCAUCACUGCUGGGGACAUUCAGGAUGACCAUUUCUACAGUCUGGGCCCUCAGCACCAUGACGAACGCUACAUUUGUAACGGUGGACACAUCAUGAUUGAGUCUCCUACUGCAACGCUCGAGACGGGUACUGGUUAG